AUGUCAUUGAAAGGAAAACAUGCAGUCGUUACAGGCGGAGCUAGUGGCAUAGGAUUGCAAGUUGUUAAGCAGAUGUUGCAGCAUGGAGCUGGGAAAGUCGCAGUCCUGGAUAUUCAGGAUAACUUAGAGGAAAUUGUUAGUAUGCGACUGGGCUUUCCAUCGCAAAGUAUUAUAGUUUUUAAAAUGGACGUUGCAAAUCAAAAAGGAAUGGAGGCUACAUAUGAGGAGAUUGCAAAGACUUUUGGACAUUUGGAUAUUGUUGUAAACGUUGCUGGUCUCUUUAAUGAUCAAGACGUCCAGCGAACUAUACUCGUUAACUUGGGAGGAAUGAUCAACUCAACAUUGAAUGCCUUAAAAAUUAUGAGCAAAGAUCAAGGCGGCAACGGGGGAAUUAUAUGCAAUAUGUCAUCAGUUGUUGGCUUGGAUCCUAUGUUUCUUGUCCCAGUCUAUGCUGCCACCAAAGCUGGUAUUAUUAACUUCACUCGUUGUUUAGGCAAGGAUAUAUUUUUCGAACGAACCGGAGUCAAAAUGAUAACAGUUUGUCCAGGUGCCACAAUAACAGACAUGUUCACCAACUUUACCGAAAAAAUACUGUUUCCAGAAUUGGGCGAUGAAUCCUAUCGUGUGUUGGAUCGCUUACAUAAGCAAAGCGCUGCGGACGUGUCUCGUUGCAUACUCACUGCCUUAGAGAAGGAAGAAAACGGCGCCGUAUACAUCAUUGAAGGUAAACGGCUAUUUCCCAUGGAAAUGAAAAAAUAUUGGAGAGGCUUAGAAAAGGAAUUACGGGAAUAAG